GCUCAGCGCCGGUGGCUUUUAGGCCUUUUCGCGCGCCCUGGCCUCGCCGACGGGCGCGGGACAGGCGCUGGGACAGCCUGAGAACCGGAGGAGGACCGGGCAGGACCGGGGGGCAGCACAGACCAGCCCAGAGAGAUGGACCAGAUCGAGGAGCGCGCGCCCCCCAAGCCACAGACCAGCCGCUGGAAGGAGAUCACGGCGCGCAACACGGCCCAAUAUAAAGCGAGGCGGGCUCCGCUCCACAAGCGCGCGUUCAAGGGCCUGCAGCCCGACCCGCGGCGCACGUCCGGCGUCGACGCGCGGUACUCGCGCACCGCGGCGCACGGCGGCCGGCGCGCGCACGGCGGUACGAGGCGCAAUCUCCUGCGGUGGGGCUCGGCGCUGCUGCGGGGCAUCGCCGACGACGACGCGGAACAGGUUCUCGACGCGCUCGCCAUGCCGUCCGCGAACGUCCACUGCCGAGUGACGGGCGGCGCCUUCGGCGCGCCCUUCGACUACGCGGGAGACGCGCUCGUGAGCGUCCAGCGCAUCCAGCGCGAGGUCGACAAGUCGCAGAAGCUCGCGCACGACCUCGCGGACAAGCUGCCGCGCUACUACUCGGCGCAGGAGUGGGCGAACAUCGAGGCGAGUCUCAGGGAGAUCUCGACGUACUUCCCGCCCACGUCUGCGAUCUUCGAGGUGUGCCGCGUCGGCGACUCCGCCUUACAUUUAGCGGUGCGGCACGGCGCGUUCGGCGCGGCGAAGAUCCUGCUGAGCCGCGGCUGCGACCCCAUCGCGGAGAACGACGAGGGCCACACCGUCGCCUAUUUGUUGGGGGAGCGGUUCAAGGUCUUCGAGGAGAUGUUGCGACAGGCGGACUCGCACGCGGACGCCGCGGCGCGGCGCGACGCGCGGCGCAAGGUCGACAACGCCCGCGACGACAUCCGGGCCGUCGCGAACGCGGUCAUCGACCGCCUCGAGGAGCGCGACGAGGCCGUCAUGGCGCCGCUGGCGUUCAAGAAGUGGCAGCUCCAGAUCGAGGGCGAGGAUUUGGAUCGCAAGGACCAGGCGACGCUGGACCAGCGCGCCAAGCUGCAGCAGGAGCUCGAGGUCGCCCACGACAUCGCUCACAAAACGAAGGCGGACGCGCGGUCGCGCCGCGCGUCCAAGGCCACGUCGGCGCGAGCUCUGUUCCGGAGCCGCGACGAGCGCAAGGCGACGCUGCGCCAGCGCGCCACCUCCAGCGCCGGCGCGCCGGCGCGGCACUACGAGACGGCGUACUCGUCCGCGCGCGACUUCGAGCCGGGCGAGCGCCGGAGCCGCGGCUCCGUCUCCUUCUCCGUCGGCCACUACUACCAGAACGCGCCGUCGGCCUUCGAGCGCGGCGAGGCGCGGCGCCGCGCGGGCCCGCCGUCGCUGUCCGACGUCUCCGAGGGCUUCUUCGACGACAUCGACGUGAACGACUGGCUCAUGGACCUCGACCACGCGGCGGUGCUGGUCCAGGCGAACUGGCGCGCGAUCGCCUGCCGCCAGGCGCUGCUGCGCGCCGUGCGCCACGCGUCCGCGGCGGCGAUCCAGACGCGGUACCGCGAGCACCGCCGGGCGAUGCGGCUCUGGGACGCGGCGCUCGGGCGGCGGAAGCGGGGCUACUACUAAUGAGGU